UACCCGCCACCCGAGCCUGUAUAUAACGGACCUCCAGCACGCUCUCUGGACUUCGUGCUUUCAGUUCCUUUAAGCCCCUCGCAUCCUCCAACUUCCUUACGAGCAGAACUCGCGUUUUCUUCUACGACAAAUAAUAACCCCUUUUAAGACAAACGCACUUCACGAUGAUGAAAUUCGCCCCCGCGUCCCUCUUCCUGUUCUUCAUCAUGAUGCUCUCCACGUUGGUUUCGGCUUUGCCUGUCAAUAUGCAGGUGCGAGAUGUUUUCGUUCCACCGAUUACUCUCCCCAAGGAGGGGACCGUGUGGAAGGUUGGCACCAAGCAAAAUGUUACCUGGGACACGUCCGAUGCGCCCACUCAGAUCACCAACCCUAUAGGUCGCAUUAUCCUCUCGAAGGGUGGCCUACUCGACCUCGACAACCCCCUCGCUGAUGGCUUUGACAUUCUUCUCGGCGAAUUCGAGGUGACUGUUCCCGAUGUCGAGCCUGCCGAUGACUACGCUAUCGUUCUCUUCGGUGACUCUGGCAACGCCAGCCCCCAGUUCACUAUCGAGGCCUGAUUACACAACCCUUCGACUAAAAGGAUGAACCCUCUCUGAGGCUCGCAUUUCGAACGCUCUGUUUCACGAACUUUUACACGAUUGGCCAACAUAACGACCUACUGUUUGUCUUUGCUAUCUUGUAUAGCAUGAAUUAACAGGACAUUGCUAUCACAUAAUGACUUUUUAGCACGCAUUUUGGACUUUCUUUUGCAUAAUCGCAUGGACUUCUUCGCAUAGCUUUCUCGUAGCUUUGCUUUGUAUUAGUAGAAAUCAUUGGAUUUUGCCUCUGGACAAUUACCAUGUUGUUUUGUGAAUUGAUGUGGCAUGUGUCCGUGAAGUCAGACCUAUACACGUCUGAGCAUGUAAAAUGUUACGCGGUAUUUAUAAUGCUUCAUUAAUCAGGUGAACAUUGAUUCAAACUC